GUUGCUGAGAACGACCAACGGCCAACAUUAUUUUUUAUCGAUCGUGUUUUCAUAUGGCAAAAGACUCCGAUAGGAAUGAAAACCAAUCAGCUUAUGUAUCUUCAAAGCAGCAAACCUUCCAAAUUGCCUUACACCGUUGUAGUUUCGUAAACUUUGAGACAAGUGCUGUAGUUGCAAUCUGUCCUGAUUGCAGUCAUAGUGGCAACCAAUUCUUUGUGGCUAGAGAAAAUGGAGACCUGGAAACACGUAGUGCGUUUACAGGUUGGGCUGUUCAAAACUAUGUUCCGAGUACUAUAAAAACUGGAAAAUUUAUCACGAGCAUAGUGGAGCUUGCAGUUGACAAAGUUAUGACCAGUACUUUAGAUGGCUUCUUAACAAUAUGGGAUAUGGAGAGAAGAACGCAACUGUAUCAACAAAGUCCAGGUGGAGGAGCUAUAUGGUGUAUGGAAGUGGACCCAACGACAACAAACGAUACAAAGACAAUUGCAAUAGGUUGUGAAGACGGUCGAGUGAGGCUGAUUCAUAUAGCAACCAGUCAAUUAGCGGAUGCAACGAACAGCAAAGAUUUGGUCCAAGUAGAGCUGCUAGAAGCUGGUCAAUCCAGAGUACUCGCAAUAGCUUGGUCGUUAGAAUCUACGUCAUUCUUGUUGGCUACGGAUGACUCUGGAAAUAUACGAAAGUUAGAUACUGAGACACGAAGAUGUGUACAAGUUAUGAAGAUAACCCAGCAAGGCGUACCAGCUGUUAUAUGGUCUGUAAUUGCCUUAAAGGUAAAUAGUAACCAUCAUUAUUACGCUACCGGAGACUCUAGAGGGAUUCUAACGAUAUGGGAUGCAACCACCUGUUCUGUGAUAAGCGAAUUCGCCGUGGAGAAUUGUAAAGGAGAUAUUACUUGUUUGACAGGUAUUGUUCAUGAAGAUAGUCAAGACCCAAACUUGGCUUUACCAGAUGUUGACAUAUUGUUUGGUGCUAGUGAUGGAGGAAUCGGUGCUAUAAGGGGUCACUGGACAUCAACAGAACCUAAUAAAUAUCACUGGAUUCCCGUGAGAGGCCGAAGCUUACAUGCACGGGAUGUACGAACAAUAAAAGCUAUCGGCAAUCAUCGUAUCGUUGCGGGAGGAGCAGACUGUCGCAUUUCUAUUAUAGACACUAACGACUUUUUCUCGGAAGCUCCUUGUAUUCGUUUAUAUCCUUCAAGACAACCACACAGGCCAUCUUGUGCUUCCUACUAUCGUAACAAGGAUUUACUUGUUGCAGAACAUGACCAACAUGUCGAUUUUUGGAAGGGUAAUUGUAAGAUGAUGGAUAAAAUUUUAUUUAGAUACAAAUCUCGAAAACGAGAUGGUCAUAUUUGUGCAUCAGCAGUCUCGGAAGACUUUACUUGGUUUGCUGUGGCCACAACAACUGUUAUUCGAAUUUAUCAAGUGUCAUGGGUAGAGAAUGGCACAGUGGCGAUGGAAGUAGAUCCAUUUCAAGUCAUUCAUUCAUGUGGUGGUGCUCGCCAAUUGCUAUGGAUAUAUGAAAGCAAUACUUGCAGUUAUUUAUUGGCACUUUCUAAAGAAGCAGAAUGUAUAUUUCUGCAUACAAUAUUGAGCAAUCAAAAUGCCGCUUCCAUAGAGAAGCCUCGUUCGAUUCAAUGGGCUGACUGGAUCCCUACUAAAGUGUCCAAAAAUGCUUCAAACUCCUGCACUAUAACUUGUAUGACCCAUGCUAAAGAGAGUACAAAUGCAAGUGAGAUGUCUUUGUUCUUUGCAGCUGGAGAUAAAUAUGGUAAUGUGUUUAUUUUCGAUAUACGUCACUUGGACAGUCCGGUAGCGAGUUUGCAGGGUUGUUUGUCGGAAAGUGUCGUUUCUAUUCGUUUUCAAAAAAAUGUGUUGAUAGUGUGUGGUUGUCGAGGUCAAAUCCAGUUGUUUAGGAUCGAAGCUGACUCUGGGAAAUGGAAGAUGGACAGAUUGUCAUCAUGGUCGGAGAAGUCAAUGGAAUGGGUUAAAGAACAGCUGAUUUUGUCGCUUAACUUGUUACCUAUCUAUGGACUGGAUAUAGAUGUCGACUCUUCGUGCUUUUUGAUAUAUGGGCGUCAUUACAUCAUCUUAUUGCAUUGGGAGCAGUUCGAAGAGGUCAUCAACAAAGGAAACCAUUUGGAGGAUUCCAUGGACCUUUCUGAGACUGGGAAACCAAGCCAAGACUCUAGCAGUGAAAGACACAGCACAAUUGCAAAAAAAAUCCAAAAAGUGCCAACGAAGAAACUAAAGAUAAUGUAUCCAUUAGAAAAUGUUGUCUAUGCUUGUUUCAUGAGCGAUCAAGAGAAGAAACAGACAACAGACAACAUGAUAUCCAUCUUGUGUUUGGAACAUCGAUGGGAAGAUAUGUUGAGCCACAUGCCACCUGCAGUACUGAAGAAGAAGUUUGGAAUCUAAUCAAAAAUGACUCUCCUUUAUAUGACCAAAAUGGAAACA